AUAGCUCUCCUAGGUGCAUCAAAAAUAUAUCUUUAAAGAAAGUUCAGGAAAAAGCAAACAUUAACUUGGAAGGUGUUUUGGGCGUGGGAGCUCAGUGCAAGUGAGAUCAGACUCCAGGAUGCUUUGUUGGGAUGGUGGUGAGGCAUUAAACUUGGAUGUUUUGUAGCAGCCCUCAUGUUCACAUGAAAGGGAAUCCAAUUUGUUUUACCUUGGAGAAAUGGGGUGGAAUUAGCCCUGUAGAAGUGACUUGUAGAACUCUACGAGUUAAAAUGUCUUGUGCAAUUUGGUUCUGGAUAGACCUUGGCAGGGCUCUGCUGGCUGCCCUCUCAUGUGCUUGGCCAAGGGAAGGGUCCUCCUCUUCCUGCUGCUGUGCUGUGAGGUGGCUGGAGAUGCUUGUGAGGGCUGGAUCUUUUUUAAAUUUUUCUUUUUUUGGCAGAUCCUGCCAGUUAGUGAAGCUGCUUCUGGAUGUGAAGCACCGACAGGGAUGUAAGUGUGUGUAGGACUAAGCCCAAGUGCUGAUCAGCUGUGCUGUUUAAAUGAACCAAACAGUGCCAAGAUCUAAAAUGUCUUUUUUUUUUUUUCCUAAAAAGUGUUGGAAUCAGAUGGCAGAUGUUUCCUGGAUUCUGGUUUGCAUCUUGUAUUUUUUUUUUUCUUUUUUUGAGAGUGACUCUGACUGCUGCAAAGACAUAGAAGGCAGAACUGAUUGCCCUGGACAAUGGGAGUUUGGUUGAUGAGGGACUCCUGAAUUGGGCUCUAAAUGAAGUCUGAAAACAGUGUUUUGUGUUUCCUGCUGGGUGACUUCUGUCUCUGGGCUGAUUGGUCCCACUCAGGGGGUCUGACUGAUUAAUUUGGUCCAUGUGGCUGCUGUUCUGAGGUGAUGAGCAUCACAUGGUGGGGGUCGGAACUCCGUGAUCUUUAAGGUCCUUUCCAGCCCACUCCGCUGUGUUCUGUGAUUUUGCCUAACAAGAUGAGGUGUCUCAGGAUGAUCAAGCAGCUCUGUGUCUUCAAGUUACUCAUCUCUAAGGCUUCCUGUUUUCAGCUCUGUUUCAAGCCCAGAGCUGGUAGAAGACAGAGUGUUGCACAUUGCUGCUGUGCUUCUCCCUUGCAGUUCUUUUUCCUGUUAUAAAGGGCAUCAGGGACAUUGUCCCAAUCUUCUUCAUGGCCCUGGUUGAGCUGAGAGCUUUAUAAGAUGCCCAGAUUUAAAUAUGCCAUAUUUCCAAGUAGUUGGUUGGUGUAUGUUGGGUGCUUAGCAUGGGUAGAAGUGCUUUACCAAGGUGGGGGCAACAUCAUGGAAAUGGCCUGGUGAGUCAUGAAGGAGGUGCAGACACCUCUUAGGGGACAGAACAGCUGGAAACAGCAAAGAUUGGUGUGUGGUGACCUCCCUGUCCUUGGGAAAUGUGCUUUGUGGGGUGCUGAAGGUGGGGAUGUCCAGGGUUCACAGGGGCAGUGGCAGGAGUACCAGCAAUGCCCCCUUGCCCCUGCUUACAAAAUAUCCAACUCACUAAGGAGAAGGAAAAUUGAAUGAACAAGUGCUUUAAUUUUUGAGGUUUGAUCUAGUCCUCAGAGAAGUUUGUGGCAGAUUUUGGCUUGAAGUCUAUCUCUAGGUCCUUAGGUUUUACUUACACCCACAGGACAGCUAAGAGGGUAAUGUGUACCCAAGCCUGGGUGUCUGCCUGUCAUCUCUCUCUCUUUCUUUUCUUAAUACUGCAGGGCUUUUUGCUGUAAACAAGUUAACAGUCUCUAAUUAGGUUCAUUUUACUUUCUGUUAUCUUAUCUUACUACCAUUUAUCUCUGUGUGUAUCCCGGACUCAGGAGUGUGCCAGGUAGGGAGGAUGAGAAAAUUGCUUUGUGGAACAGGUUUGUCUCUCUUGGCAUCAAAAGUGUGAAGCUUUUGGCACCAGUGCAAGAAGAGAUGAGAGCAAGGACCAGCUGAGUUACAGGGGCUGCCACCACCUUGCACAAUCCCUUCUCCACCGUGUGUCUUCAGGGAAGUUUGGUUCCUUUCCUUCUCUGGCUUUCAGAUGGACAAUCCAGACCAUCCCUGCUCCGGUGGUUCCCUAAUUUCCUGUUUUUACAUGUUUUCCCUCCAGGCUUACUCAUUUAUUUUCUGUUGCUGCACAAAUGACUUCAAGAGCAGAAAGAUGAGUCCUGUUGAGUGGCUGGAGCAGGGGGACUGGAAGGGGUCUUGGACUGACCAUCCCUUACCCCAGGGCAGGGUUAAUUCUACCAGGAUCAGUUUCUGGACACAUUAGCAUCCUAACUCCUCCAAAAAGCAGAGCUCUGUGCCCUUUCCACUUCUUCACCAAAUUCAUUACAAGUGAUUUCUUCUCCUGCCCAAAUCGUGUCCCCUCCCUGCAGUUUCAACCAAGCUGCCUUCUUCAAUCCACCAAGAACAUGGAAAACAGAUUAUAUUCUUUCCCCAUUCAGCUGUUUUUUAUGUAUUUGAAUAUUGUGAACAUUCCUGGUUCUCCAGAGUACAUGGGAUUUGUUUCUUCCACCCCAGAGUGCAACACAGAGCUGUUCAAAGCAGUAAAUUUCCCUUAUUAAAAUCCUGUGGGGUCUUCAAUAUGAAAGAGGAAUUGUCAGUAGAUAUAAGUGAAAACAUUUGGCGAGGGAAGCUCUCAAACAAAUAAUAAAAAAACCCUCACAGGAAUUUGGAAGAAAAGGUCCUUUAAAGGUUUCCAACUGGUACUUUGUCUGAGAGGAGAGACAGUCCAUUUUUCUGGGAGUGAAACUGCUACUUGAUGUGUUCAAUGUCCCUUUUGAAUGGGCUUCCACUGCAUUGUGCAGAUGCUCAGGGAUGUGAGUUUGUGGCAGGCUGGCACUGGCAGUGCAUCCUGGAUCAUGUCCCACAGGGAUGAGAUCCCCUUCAUCCUGCUCCACGAACAGCACCAGGACCACCUGGCAUCUGAGCAUCUCCCUUCACUGGUCUAGUGGAAGGUGUCCCUGCCCAUGGCAGCAGGGCUGGAACCAGGUGGUCUUUAUGGCCUCUUCCAGCCCACACCAUUCUAUGACUGAUGCAGCUUGUCUGCUGGGAAAUUUGGAUAUUUAAAACAUUAGCAGGUGCUGUGCAAGAACAGGAACCCCCUGAGGGUUGUUCAUCUCAUCUGAAUUUCAGGUGUCUGAAAUUAAGGCAGUUAUCCUCUGGAUGUGAUUUUUCUUGGCUUGGUUUAGGCUGGAUAUUUGGAAAAGGUUCUUCUCCCAGAGGGUGGUUGGGGCACUAGAACAACCUCCCCAGGGAAUUGGUCACAGCACCAAGCCUGGCAGAGACCGUAAAGUGUUGGGACAACACUCAGGCACGUGGUAGGAUUGUUGGGGUUGUCUUGUGUAGGGCCAGGAGCUGGACUUUGAUGCUUCUGGUGGGUCCUUUCCAGCUCAGGACAUUCUGUGAUUCUCUGGCCCUGCAGCUCUGCUGCCACUCUCAGUUGUCACUGUGCUGAGAGGUGGGACCAUCUCCAGUCAGUGCCUGUUGCUGGGUUUUGGAGGGGCCAAAAUCAAUCCCAGAUCACUGGGAAAGCAAUGAAAUUUAUUUCCCCACCGUUCAGGGCUCAGCAUUACAUUGGCACAUCUGGUUCACUAUUCAGGCUAGAGGUUUCAAGGAUGCAGGAUCUUUUUUGUCUUCCUUGUGUCAAUCCUGAUUAUCCAAGCGUGCAUUGGAGGGAGAAAGUAAGUUUUUCAGGAGUAGCUUUAAGGAAGAGCCCUAGGGGUGCUGGGUUUGUGUGUGGGUAAGGGACCUCUCCCUACAGAGGAUCACUCCAAAGGAAGAAAAACCAGGAUGGAGCUGCCAGGAGAAGUGUAAAAUGGUGUGAGGAAGCCAAUGCUGUGCUUGUACAAAGAGCCAAUAUUGAUACAGAUGACAAGGCAGCACGGUGGAGAUAGAGGCAGGGCUGAGACUGACAGCCGUGGGAAGAAGGAAAUAAAAGAGGUUCUUUAUUAUAUUGCCUGGCUUUUCCUGCCUGUGAGUUAAGAGCCUGGAUCUGAAUUAAAUACCAAGGGAAUGGGAGCUGCGUGGGGGGAAGAGUCGGAUCAGUCUGAGCCACCACUGUGCAGAAACAAUGAGCAAGGGAUCUGAAACCAGGGAAUUUCCCCCCUCCCCGCCUUUUCAAAUGCAUUUCAUAGGAUUUUCCUUUGUGCUCCUGCCUGGUGUAAUGUCACCUUGAGCCUCUUUUGGUGCUGUUUCCCAUCACCUUGUUCCCAGGCCGGCUUGUGGUCCUUGAUUUGGUUUCCAGUGGAUUUCACACUGGCAGAGGAAUUGGAGUACAGUGGUGUGUGCUGCUGGUGUAAUGUUGAUGAUUGCAGGCCAGCCAGUGUGCUACUGUUAACAGUAUGGCUGGGGACUCUGUUUGAAGUGUUAAUUAGCAGCAAUUAAUAAGAAGUGAAAAAUUAAUACCCUGUGUCAGCUUUCUUUGCUAGUUAGUUAUAUCAACACUAAAGCUCAGUGCUAUUUUGAGGCUGGUGUUUGCAUAAGAGUUUGGUCUUGUUGUCACAUGCUGUUGGGGAAAUACUCAAGUGCUCUCCUACCAUAACUGGUAAACUUGUUAUUCCCAAAAUAAACCAGGUAAUGGUCUCUAAUAGAUCCAGUUUCCUUGGGACGUGGAUGCUCUCAACAUGACGUUUCAAACUUGUCCUCCUUGCUGCAGGAUGAAUUAGGAAGGCCAAGCCUCUUCCUCUGAGCCAUGGAGACGAGGGCAUCCUUCAUUGCCAGCAUGAGAGAGACCCAGCAGCUCUCCCCAGAGAAGGAUCCCAGCCCAGCCAACGGUGAUGGGGAGCAGUUCGAUUCAGAUGAGGGCUCCAGCAUUGAGGAUGCAGACUUCAACUGGGACGAGUUCCUGGAGGAAACAGGAGCCAGUGCUGCUCCCCACACCUCCUUCAAGCAUGUUGAAAUCAGCCUUCAGAGCAGUUUCCAGCCUGGGAUGAAACUAGAAGUGGCCAACAAGAGCAACCCAGACACGUACUGGGUGGCUACCAUCAUCACCACGUGCGGGCAGCUCCUGCUGCUGCGGUACUGCGGCUACGGCGACGACCGCCGGGCAGACUUCUGGUGUGACGUGAUGACAGCAGACCUGCACCCCGUGGGCUGGUGCACGCAGAACAACAAGGUCCUGAUGCCUCCAGAGGCAAUCAAGGAGAAAUACAUGGACUGGACAGAGUUUCUCAUCCAGGAUCUGACCGGCGCCAGGACGGCCCCUGCGAAUUUGCUGGAAGGUCCUCUGCGAGGAAAAAACCCUGUAGACCUCAUUACAGUUGAUUCCUUAAUAGAGCUGCAGGAUUCCCAGAAUCCCUUUCAGUACUGGAUAGUUAGUGUGGUUGAAAAUGUUGGAGGAAGAUUACGCCUUCGCUAUGUGGGAUUGGAGGAGACUGAAUCCUAUGACCAGUGGUUGUUUUACUUGGAUUGCAGACUUCGACCAGUCGGUUGGUGUCAAGAGAAUAAAUACAGAAUGGACCCACCUGCAGAUAUCUAUUCUCUGAAGACUAUAACUGAGUGGAAAUGCGCUCUGGAAAAAUCCCUUAAUGAUGCAGCAAAUUUUCCUCUUCCAAUGGAAGUGUUCAAGGACCAUGCUGAUUUGAGAAACCACUUCUUCAGUGUGGGGAUGAAGCUGGAGGCAGUGAAUAUGAGGGAGCCAUUUCAUAUCUGUCCUGCAUCAGUGACCAAGGUUUUUAACAAUCAUUAUUUACAAGUGACCAUUGAUGACCUGAGACCUGAACCCAGCAAAAUCUCAAUGCUUUGCCAUGCAGAUUCCUUGGGGAUCUUGCCAAUACAGUGGUGCCUUAAAAACGGAGUCAAUCUCACACCUCCCAAGGGUUACUCUGGCCAGGACUUUGACUGGGCAGACUACCAGAAGCAGUGUGGAGCUGAGGCAGCACCUCACAUGUGCUUUAGAAAUACAUCCUUCAGCCGUGGCUUCACCAAGAACAUGAAGCUGGAGGCAGUGAACCCCAGGAACCCUGCAGAGAUUUGUGUGGCUUCCAUCACCUCGGUGAAAGGACGGUUGAUGUGGCUGCACCUGGAAGGUUCACAGAUGCCCUCUCCAGAGUACAUUGUUGAUGUGGAGUCUAUGGACAUUUUCCCUGUUGGCUGGUGUGAAGCAAACGCUUAUAACCUCACCCCACCACACAAAGCUGUUUUGCGAAGGAAGAGAAGAAUUGCAGUUGUGCAGCCAGAAAAACAGUUACCAUCCACAGUGCCUGUUGAGAAAAUACCUCAUGACCUCUGCCCAGUUCCUCAGCUAGACACAACAGGCACCAUCAAUGGGAGAUACUGCUGCCCCCAGCUCUACAUCAACCACCGCUGCUUCUCAGGUCCAUAUUUAAACAAAGGCAGGAUUGCAGAGCUACCUCAGUCUGUGGGGCCUGGCAAGUGUGUGCUGGUCCUCAAGGAGGUUCUCAGCAUGGUGAUCAAUGCAGCUUACAAGCCAGGGAGUGUUUUACGAGAACUGCAGCUUGUGGAAGACCCUCAGUGGAAUUUCCAGGAGGAAACACUUAAAGCAAAGUACAGGGGCAAGACGUACAGGGCGACCGUGAAGAUCGUGCGGACGUCGGACCAGGUGGCAGAUUUCUGCAGGAGGGUCUGUGCCAAGCUCGAGUGCUGCCCCAACCUCUUCAGCCCUGUGCUGGUGGCUGAAGUCUGCCCUGAGAACUGCUCCAUCCACACCAAAACCAAGUACACUUAUUAUUAUGGGAAGAGGAAAAAAAUCAUUAAGCCACCGAUUGGGGAAAAUAACAACAUGAAAAGUGGCCAUGUCAAGCCAGCCAGACGCAGAAAGAGGCGGAAAUCCAUCUUUGUGCAGAAGAAAAGGAGAUCAUCAGCUGUGGAUUCAAAUGCUGCAGGCUCUGCAGAGGAGAGUGAGGAGGACGAGCCGGACGCAAUGGAGGACGAGACGGGGAGCGAGGAGACGAGCUCGGAGCUGCGCGACGACCAGACGGACACGUCCUCGGCCGAGGUGCCCUCUGCCCGGCCCCGCAGGGCCGUCACCCUGCGCAGCAGCACCGAGCUGGACAGGCCCCCUCCCACCGAGAGAGCCCGCCGCAGCCGCAGACCCCAGCCCCACUCCUGCAGCGAGGCAGACAAGGGCAUGCCACCCAAGGAAGAAAUAAAGCAAGAAGAAGAAGAGAAGCUCGUCCUGGACAGUAACCCACUGGAGUGGACUGUGACUGAUGUCGUGAGGUUUAUUAAACUCACCGACUGUGCACCUCUUGCCAAAAUAUUUCAGGAGCAGGACAUCGAUGGGCAGGCCCUCCUGUUGCUGACACUGCCCACGGUGCAGGAGUGCAUGGAGCUGAAGCUGGGUCCAGCCAUCAAACUGUGCCACCAGAUCGAGAGAGUGAAAGUUGCUUUCUAUGCACAGUAUGCCAACUGACUGCACUUCUGCAUUCCUUCCUGUCCUCCUCCUUGUUCCCUGUCUUUUUUACCAUUUCAGCUUGUUCAAGGGGUUUUCUUCCCCCAUAUCCUUUUUAUUUUCCAAGAACAAGUGGAAUUGGCAGCAGUGGGAGCAAUCUGUAGGGGGAAAUAAACACAAAAAGAAACGAGCUACAAAUGGAACUAACUUUGCUGUUUUUGUAAAGCACAUGGAAAGACUGCUGGCAUCUCUCCUCAUGAGCCUCUCCAACCCAUUGCCCAGUGGUGCAAGGCCAGCAUGGAUCAGGUGAUUUGUCACCAAACCAAACCUACCAGUGGCAGACACAUUCCCAAGGAGAAGGGUCAGAUGUUUCCAGGUGGUCCUGGUUUGUCUAGGACAAUUUCUGGACAUGAACAUUUCUUUCAGACAGCUCUGACACUCUUCUUUCAUAUUGAAAUGCAAGUCUUCAUUUGUACCAUUACCUGGGGUUUAACUGCAAGUUCGAUCUUGGUGAUCAGUGGGCUUUUGUUUUUCCUUCUGCCUCUCUGGUUUUACAAAGGGAAAAAGUGUUACACCAGGCAUAUAAUGGUUAUUCCUGACUGAACUUUGAGAGGGGACUCAACCCAUGGUCUCUGGGAUACCAGACAAAAUUGCAGUGGACUGACAGGGGUGACAUAAGACCUGGUGGGGCAGCAGCACUUCCUGAGCCACGCUGGCUCUGCACAAUCAGCUGAACAUCAUCUCUGUGAUGGGAUCUGUACAGUGCUCCAUUCUUGUGUGGGAGCAUGAAGGCUUUCAUAGUCAAAAUCUCAACUCCAAGUCAAUUUAAAGACCUGUCUUUGAGCCAUAAGGUGACGGCAGACUGGGAAUAGGGACUCCUGCUGACCCCUGUGCUCAGAAGAACCAACACCAGGCUGCAGCUGCUGCAUUCUCCUUCACUGGUUUCCUUCUUAAAUUCUUUGGAGAAGAGGGAGGACCUUCAGAUAGAAAUACUCUGGAAUACAUCCAGAUCUUGCCCAGAGGGUGUUUUAGGCAAGAAGCAUUGACUCUGCCAUGCAUCACUUGGGAAUUCCUGGCUUGCCUUUCAGCAAGUUUCCUGAUUUGUCGCUGAGGAAUGGGAUUGGUGCAACUGCUGCAGGCUGGACCAGAUGCUGAGACUUCAUCAGAAAUGUUCUUACAUGGGAGAUGAGCAGGACUGGAUCUGUUCUCAGCUGUGGCUUUGUUCUGAUUAUCUUCUUCAAGUUUUAGUUGGUUCAAUGCAGUAUUGGUUGCCUCUGCAUCAAAUGCUGGGGUUUUGUUCUUCAGAAAUCCAGAAACAGGGUUCUGUAGUGGGGCAGAUAUUAAAAACCUGGGCUUUAGACUGGAUUUCCUGCUGACAGUGAAAUAUGUCAGUGCAACUGAUUUGAUAACUACUUGGGAUCCCUCUCAGGGUCCCCUGAAAGUGUUGCUCAGUGUUUCACCUCUGAAGACAGAAGGAUUGCAGCCAGAAAAGUGAGAGAACAGCUGAGAAAAUCAGGGAGGCUGCUUCUCCCAGCUCCUCCUCACUUCAGCCCAGUCCUGGUGUUACAUCUGUCAGCAGAAGACAGCUCCUGGGAGGAUUCUGUCGGGAGAACUGGUGCAUGAGGACAUUCCGAGGAAGAGAAGCAGAAAGGCUGUUUGCUAAACAGCAUCCCAGCACUGCUCCUUUACUCAUCAAACCCAGCUUCUUCUGCUGCUCUGAUGUUCUUGGAGUUUCUGGCCUCUGGGAUUUGUCAGAGACAUUUCAUGCCUUCUGGGACACACUGAAAAAUGUCAUUUUUUGUCUCCAUCAGCCUUGUAACUGUAGAUAUUCCUAUGGCAGCUAAUUCCUCGUGGAGGUAUGACUGGGGAGCAGACACACACAGAGUCUGAGAGCAACCAGCUCUAGUGCUGGCCAGUCAAGGAAUGGGUGAAGCAUUGAGCCAAGAACAUGGGAAUCUUUACUGGCUGUUCAGGGAAGUUAAAUCAUAUUCAAAACUCAAACUAUUAAACAACAAAAAAAAGUUUUAAUUUUAUCUCGCGCCGGCUCUUUUAUUUCUGCAAAUUUCUCUCUCACUAUUUGUCUUUCACUUUAUUGUUCUAUAGUGUUGCCUCAUUUAUCACUUUCUGUCCUCUCUGAGAAGCUGAUAACCUGAAAUCUUUAUGCUAAAAUUACCUUGGGUGGUAAAUGCUCUGCUAUUUCUCUUUAGUCUGCAGGUUGGGAAGAGAUACGGGAUUGGGGUACUGUUGUCUGUUGCAUUGGUUGUGUUCCAGAAAAGCUGGAGCUGAACUUCUUGGGCCAUUUCUUACACAAGUGGAGAAUGAGUGUUGUGGAGUUUAACUGGACAAUAUGCUCAGAUUGAACAGAGAUCAGAAGGAACUAAUUACCCUUGCCUGGACUUCAUUUCAGUUCUGGAACAUCAGUAAAGCUUUGGAGUAAUGUACUUCAAAGGAGAUGAUGGGAAUCCAAUCUUGCUGGAGUAAAAUGCCACUUUACUUUGCAGUGUACCCAGUACAAACCACUGCAAGGUUGUGGGAUUUUUUGUUCCAGACCUGAUUGAUUCUAAGUUAAAUUCAGAGCUGCUGCAGUUCCACAGAUGCACUAAUGACAGUGGUGAAGCCACAUCUCCCCUCCCUGUUGUGAAUUUGGCAUCCAGGCCUGAAGUUUGUUGUGUUACCAGCUGCAAAAGGCCACUGCUGAGAAGAGCUGAACUCAUGGUUAUCCCAAGCCACUGCCAAGGGCUGGGGAGCAGCCCUGCUGUUAUUUCUGGGCUGUUGGAUGCUGACUUGCAGCAUACUGACACAGACACUUUGCUCCCACAGGAAGGCUGUGCAGGUGUUGCUGGACUCUCUUUGGGCACAGGACCGAAGAUGAGCGUUUUUGGAACAAAAAUAGGGGUCUGAAGAGUGUAUGGUGCCUGCUCAUCUUGAUCUGCACUGGCUUCUUUGGAGCUUGCACUCAGCCUGAACAGAUUCGUGGGCAGAUCCCUGCUCCCUGCCCUUACCUUGGCAGAAUCAGCCAAUUCCCACUUUUCAGACCCAAAGCAUCCAUCUCUGAAAUUGGAUGAAAUUGUUAACUUAAAGAAUGUCCAUGAUUUCCUGGUUGGUUGUUCUGCCUUCCUCCUGCUGCCAUGGAUACUCUUCAGGAAAAAUGAUCUUUGAUUUCAGGGCUUUUCUUUCAGCUCACAAACACAGCUGCCAGAAUGACCAAACCCUGGCUUUUCCUGCCUCUCAGAGGCACGAAGACUUCUCAGCUUUAGGAGGAUUUCAGGGUUUCCAGCUCUUUUGUGUUAUCCAUAUUCCAUAACCCUUGAUACUUUGGUCCUGCAGGGUGCAGAAACCUCCUAAAAAUGCUGUGUGCCCUCAGAAAACACCAAAAUCCAGGCUCACCCUGUCCUUAGUGAAGUAUCCAGUAGAUGCAUGUCCUAGCUGAGGUGGCCUGACCCACCCUAGCAGAUGUAUUUGGAUGCCUGCUGGGAUUUAAAAAGUUUCUCAGUGGGACACCUAAACUCCUUUAUUUUACUCUGGGCAAACAGCUGAUUUGCCUUGAACUGGAACGCCACCAUUCCAUGGCUUUACCCUUCAGCCUGUUGCAGUUCCAGUUGUGUGGUGUCCCCAUCUCAGCCUUGUGAAGGCAAACCAGGCUCUGCUGGGCUGCCAUCAUCAAUAUUUAGUGACCUUAAAGCCUGCCUUGGUCUUUUCAGGGUACAAAAUCAAAUUUGGCAGAGCUGCUGUGCCAUCUCAGUGUUUCACAAGCUCUGUACAAUCAGGGCACUUCAAAUACUUUGUGCUUUUCUGGUGCAGUGCAUGUGGAAAACGAUGAACUCAGAGUGUUCCUCUUGUUUCCAAAUUCAAGUGCCAAAAGAGAACAACAUGCUGCAACUUAACACCAUUAAAACCAGCUUUAUUAUGCAUGGAUAAAUACAGUCCCAAGGGCUCCAUGUUGGUGCUAAGAUAUGUCACGCUGUAUUUUCCAUUGCUUGGGAUUGCAAAGCUGAUUCCUUACUCCAGGAAAUAUUUUUUGUAAUCUGCAACAUCUUGAACAUUAGAUUUUUUUUUUUUCAUGUGACUGUACACUUUUUAACUUGGAUACACUCAACAAAUACUCCUUAACCCACAAUACUGGGUGUUUAGGAGAUGUUUUAUAUAGUAUAUUUAUGUAAAAAUUCCUUCAAAGUGUGGAUGCAUGUAUAUUUUUCCUCCAGUAAUAUUCUUUAUCACAUCAGCUGACCCAGAACUAAAGGAAUCUGUUACUCAGGAUUUGAUCCAGAAAUAACUGAGGUUAGUGUUAGGGCCCUCAAGACAUGUGGGCUGUGGGACCAAUUUUUCACCAGUUUCUCUCACAUAGAAGUCAAAAAGUCUGCACUUAAUUAACAGAAAAUUUAAAUGCCUCCUUCUCCUAGCAGGCAGAAAUGCAGCUGCAGUCUGUCAGACUUCACAAGAGAGGGCUUGUGUCCUUAGGUGCUCAUGAACUCCCUGUAAAGGAGCAGAAGCCUUUAAUGGUCUCAUUUAUUCUUUGGUACAAUACUCCAGCAAGAAGUGUAAAUGGUGUUAAUGGCUGCAUAUAGAAUAUGAGCCAGUCAUCAGAGAUGAGAAUUUUAUAGCCCAGCAGUGCUUUAAAUGUCAGCUGUCCUGCAGAAUAAGAGUGGUUUUGCAGUGAUUUGGUGCCAUGGAUGGGAAUUCUCUUGCAGAAGACACAUGAGCUGCACAAACCUGGGUCAUAGUUACAAAUACUCGUGGCCUUUCUCUUUUUUUAGUCUAUUGUGUUAAUUUUUGCAGUGAAAAAGGUAAGUCUUGAUCACUGCCAAGGAUGUGGGAGAGGAGAGAGCGGGCUUCCAGAGGAAAGGGCCUGGAGUUCUGGACUUGAGUUGUCUUUGUGGAGAGGGAUCUCUCAGAACAGCAGCACAGCUGGGGUCUGUGAGCAUCAUCCCUGAAAUCUUUUCUUUUUCACAGCAGAGAUGGUUUUUGAGUCCCAGCAGGGGCCAGGUGAGAGGAGGGAAGGAAGCUGGCUAUAGACUCAGAGCUGCAAUACUGAAAGGUUCUAAUUUUGUUUUCCCAGUGGAGAUAGAGAAAUCUGGCUCAGAUGUCUCCAGGCUCAUUGGCUGGAUAGGAGGAAAAAUCAGUCUUUUUUCAUUGUACCCAACUCCACUGUGUCUUCUGGAGUUUGGGAGCUGAAGACUCUCCUCUUGCACCUUCCAGACCUCCAUAGGAAAUACAAGGCUAAAACUUGAGCUCUCUCCCACAGGAAAAGGUGACAUUGCCCUGAGUUCAGGUUGUGGAUAUACAGAACCCUCUGCUCUGUGCUGUGAUGUGACAGGAUGAAAAUGCUCAUUCCCAGGGCACCCCACCUGCUUCUUGUUGCUCCAGCCUCACUGGAGAUUAUGGACAUAUAAAUGUCUGUAAUUUAUACAUUGUAAGUGUGUGCAUUCCAUUUCCCAAUCCCUGUUCUACCAGAUGGUCAGGAUGUGCCAAGUUAUUCCAGCAGCCUUCACCUUCAGGGACCUGCUUUCUGGAAAACACUCACCUGGGGAAUGGUACCAUGACACUUUCACGUGCACAGGCAGGGGUGCCCUGUGUGUUCCAAGGGAGGUGAAAGUCUCAAAUGCAGCCUGGGAGGGGAGUUGAGUCUUUUCAUGUGCCUUGUGUAGGACAAGGCAAGCACUUAAACCCUCCUGUCCCUCAUGGAGCAGCAGGAAUUGGCUCCACAACCAGCAGUUACCCUCCAUUCGUGGUGGUGCAUGUUGGAAAACUUUGAAUUGUUCUGCAUUCCAGUUUGUACUGAAGGUUUUGACUCCCAAGUUUGUGUACAUAAUCCCUUUGGUGUGUUGAUACAUAUGUGUGUAUAUAUAUAUGUAUAUAUAUGUGCGUGUAUAUGUAUGUGUAUAUAUAUAUACAUAUAAAUCAAUCAAUGCUGGUGUUUUUACUUUUUAAAGUUCCCAGGGCGAAGGGCAUGUUGUCAGUUUGCUGUAAGAUUCUAUUCUGUAUAUAUGUUUCCAUGUAAAUAAGUGAAAAUCUAUAUUCAGAGUUAUAUUUUAAUUUUUAUUCAGAUUGAAAUCCCUUUUUACUUGAAACAGUUGUAAGCCACGUUGUUAAUAAAGUAACAAUAAGUCA